AUGAGCUCCAGCUCGGACGCCGUCCUGGAACUGGAGGCCCCGCGGCCGCCCGCGCCUCGUGGCCACGCUUGUCGCCAGCUGCCUUGGGUUCUGGUCUUCGUGCUGCUGUUGCAGCCGCUUGUCAUCUGCCUCUCCGCCUUGGUCGUCCGCGCCUGGAUGAUGCCCUGCGGCUCCGCCUCGCCCUGCCCCAGCCCUGCGCCCAACUCGAGACUCCCCGAGGUCCCCGAGCUCCUUCCUGACGCCUGGGCCCGCCUGCCCGACUCCUCGCAGGGCGUGGGCACGUACGCGCAGCUGGUGGCCCGAGAUGCACUGCUGACAGAAGGGCUCCUGCACUGGUACAGUGACCCUGGCUUGAAAGAUGUGUUCCUGGCACCUGGCCUGACCUAUGAUGAGCACACACAGGAGCUGGUGGUGUCUGAGGCUGGCAUCUACUAUGUCUACUUGAACGUGAAACUGCAACGUGUGGUGGCCAGAAGUGGCUCUGGCUCAGUCUCCAUUGCCCUGCACCUGCAGCCACUGGGUACAGGGGCUGCAGCUCUGGCCCUGACCCUGGACCUGCCGUCUCCAUCUUCUGAAGCCCGGGACUCAGCAGCUGGUUACAAGGGUGGCCUGCUGCAUCUGGGUGCUGGCCAGCGCCUGGGUGUCCACCUCAGGGCUAUGGCCGAGGUGCGUCCUGCCUGGCAGCUUGUGCAAGGCGCUACGAUCUUGGGCCUCUACCGAGUGUCCAGCAAAGUCCCCGCUGGACUCCCCUCCCAACAGCCUUCAUGA